ACCCGGCCCCAAAUCACGCGAUGCUAGCCAGCCCAAUUCAUGGUUCGGCGUCGGAUUUGUGUUGCCUGUCACUAGAUCUGGAUGCGGCGGAUGCAUAAUCGCUCAUGGGAUUGGUUCGAGUCCAUAAUUUUCGUUCUACGAUGAGGAUUCCCCGUUCGCACCUGUUCAUUCGUCUGACCACCGCGUUUUGCUCUAUGCUGGCGUAUCUGAAUGCUUGGAGUGUUAGUCAAUCGAUUUCACUACAUAUCUCCUGAUGCUCGGGUGUGCCUAGUCAUGGUUCAGUUAAUUUUGCAGGAUGAUUUAGGAAUAUAUGUUCGUAUGUAAUGGAUCGAUACCAAUUUUAAUCACAAAUCACUUUUGAGUUGUUGACUGGUCUACUGCUGCUUGCAGCUGCUAAUACCCAGUUUCAGAGAGGGGAAUACUAGGCUACUGAUCUAGAACCAUGGUAUGUGCGAUCAGCUAGGAGGGCACCAGUGCUCUAGAUGGUGGACGUUACCCUGCUUAGCUGCUAGCCGCCACCCUCCUAUCAACGUGUCUGCCUAAUCCUGACUAGAAUCUGGAGGCUACCCUGCCCCCAGCUUGGUGCUUUUUAGAGUACUCCAAGGCCAUCUUCCCUAAGCGGCAGCCUCAUUUCCUGGUGCAGUUGGUUCAUGUCAUCCAUGCCAGGGAGGAUGAUAAUAUUGUUAUUUGUAGCAUUCAUACUAUUAUCCUAGUUCCAAAUCAGAUGCUAAAUUUAUGUGGGUUACUGGUUAGUUGUAUUUCGCGCAAGUAGUAUCACUUCAUAAUUUUAUUCCGGCUCCAUGGCUGCUACAUAUCUGCUCUGCCAGGCUACACUUCUGCUUGCCUCUGCCACCACGACAUUUUUUAAGUGUAUAUGUGGAUUGCCUAGCUCUUUCUGAAAGUUUGGACUUUUGGUUGCGUUGGCUAGUGCAUGAAGCUUAACAUGGUAUCAUCAGAGCCUAAGGUUUUGAGCUCAAAUCCUGGCUUCUGCAAUUUAUCCGAAAAUUGCUGUUGUUCCCUCUAUGUCCAUGUAUAGGCCUCUUGAGCCAUACCUGUGAGUCUAUUUACGUGUUGACUUCCUGCGUCACAUGUGAGAGGGGGUGUUGAAGUGUAUAUGUGGAUUGCCUAGCCCUUUCCAUCAGUUUGGACUUUUGGUUACGUUGGCUAGUGCAUGAAGCUUAACAGACAUCUCGUCUCAUACUGCUGGGCCCACUCUGACCCCAUUUCCCGCUAUCUCGCACUGCUAGCACACUCCUGAAGGCUGAAGCCAUCUGUGUACCUGCCCGGCUUGCCAAGUUGGCUGCACCGAAUCCGAAUGUCACCUCUGGCACCUUUGACCAACUAGGCGAUCUCCCUGCCUUGCUCUGGCUAAUAGGUCUUGUCGCUUCCUUGCUGUAUACUGAGAUAAUAUGGUUCAGUGCACGAUGGUAUCGACCUUACUUGACGGUCUUCCUAAUGAAGUGGCUCUCCAGUGCCUUGCACGUGUCCCGUUUGUAUCCCAUCCUAUUCUUCAGCUGGUUUGCCGCUCUUGGAGAGCAUCUGUUCGCAAUGGGGAGCUUCUCAAUGUUCGGAAUCAGAUUGGGGCGACAGAAGAACUGCUAUGUGUGUUGGCAUUUGAACCUGAAAACAUUUGGCAACUUUAUGAUCCUCGUCGAGACAAGUGGAUAACUCUCCCUGUCAUGCCAUCUCAGAUUAGGAACAUUGCCCGUUUUGGAGUUGCCUCUGUUGCUGGAAAACUCUAUGUAAUUGGUGGUGGCAGUGAUAGAGUUGACCCCCUUACUGGAGACCAUGACACAAUCUUUGCGAGCAAUGAGGUCUGGUCUUAUGAUCCUCUCCACCGCUUGUGGGCCCAGAGGGCUCCAAUGCUUGUAGCUCGAGCGAUGUUUGCUUGUUGUGCAUUGGAUGGGAAGAUAAUUGUUGCUGGGGGCUUUACAAACUGCCGCAAAUCGAUAUCAGAGGCUGAGAUUUACGAUCCUGAAGCUGACACAUGGGAGUCCCUCCCUGACCUCCGCCAGGCACACCCCUCUGCAUGCUCUGGUCUUGUCUUCAAGGAUAAGAUGCACGUAUUGCAUAAAGGGAUAUCCACAGUCCAGAUUCUCGAAGAUGGCGGUAAUUAUUGGGCUGUUGAGGACUACUCUUGGCUGCAAGGCCCAAUGGCAAUGGUUGGUGGAGAGUUGUAUGUGCUGAGCAAUAGCUGCAUUAGGAAGCAGCAUGGUGAGAAUUUCCCUGAUAAGAUGGUUCCUUGUGCAUCAGGAUUCCAAAGCAGGAUCGGCUUUGGCAUGAUUGGCUUAGGGGACAGCAUAUGUUUGUUUGGUGGAGUGAUCGGGCCUGGGCCAAGAAAUCAGUGCAUUAAGCCAUUGUCUGAUGUUGAUAUCUUGAAUGUCGCAAGCGAGAGGCCAACCUGGCGACAAGGAUCACCGAUGACGCGUUGCCGAGGGAGUAUCGCAGGCUGUGCUCUGCUGAAGAUCUAGGCUCGUUCCAGUGUGGCAAUGCUGUUGCUGAAAACUGCAGAUGGAUUUUAUUUAUUCUGCAUCUCAUUUAAUUUCUGAAAAAAAGGUUAACUAUGCUUUUAGUUUUGGAUCACUUGUUGUAGCAUUGAGGAUAUAUGUUGGCCAUGACUCGAAUGUCAGAUUGUCAGUCAGUUAUUAUACGACUAUUAUAUUAUAGUACAUGUGCCUUGCAGUGCUUGCUGCAAUCUUA